AAGUGUGAAGCUGAACUCUGAGCUGUGACAGUGUGAGCAGUGUGAGAGUGUCAGUAGAUGAUCAGCAGAGGAAAGUGAGAGCUGCUGUGAGCUGAUGUCCUGAAGGGCUUUUAAAGAGUCUCUGAGUUUGACAGGAACAUGAAGAUGUUUGUGGUGUUUGUGAUCCUCCUGCACGUUUCCCAGCAUGCCCUGGCUGUGGUUGUGGAGGUGAAUGAGGGGGAAAGAUCUGUCCAGCUGCCCUGUCUGCACUCAGGUUUCAUACCUGAAGAGCCCACAGUGAUGUGGACUCGCUCUGAUCUUCAUCCCAAAUCUGUCCACGUACGACAAGAAGGAAGAGAUGAUCUUACAGGACAAAACCAGCAUUACAGCGGGCGCACAUCAAUGAGGUCUGAUGCUCUGGACACUUCAGACUUCAGCCUCACUCUGAGAAAACCAACAAAGACUGACAGUGGCAACUACACCUGCUCCAUCAGUGAUGGGAGAGGAAAAUGGAGACUGAGAGAUGUACAGCUGCAGGUCAAAGAGGCUGAACCAUUUGAAGUCCGGCAUCACUUCUGCUCUGACUGCUGGUGGUUGAGACAGACAAUGUAUCUGUUAGACUUGGAGAGGAGGGCUCUUCCACAUGUUGCUUCAGGACAGUCAAAUCUGAGGGUGACAAAUAAAAAUAUUAGAAUAUAAGACCACCAGGUGGAGGUGGAGGUGGAAGAAGGCUCAGAGUCUGUCAUUCUGCCCUGCAAAACUACAGCUGACCUGCCUCAGGACACCAGAGUGGAGUGGACUCACUCUGACCCUGAACUGAUGGUGGUUCAUGUGUAUCCAAACAAAAGUAACCAGGACAGUUUUUACAGAGACCGAACAAAGAUGAAUGAAGACCUGCUGAGAACUGGAGACCUCAGUCUGACCCUGAAAUACCCCACAGAGAGAGA